AGGUACUACAUGCUGCUCCAACACAACUGCUCUGUCAUUCAUUAUCCACUCACAUGAGAAUUCCAUAGCAAUGUAGCCACAUUUCCAUAAAAUAAUCUCAUUCAUCCACUCUUAUUCUUUGCUGCAAUGGCCUCUAAAUUAGCCUCUGCAUUCUGUUUCUUUUCCACUCUGUCAUUAUUCCUCCUGCAACUUGAAGCAGCAACAUCUCACUCCAAUGUUAAUCCCCAAAUUACUGUCAUGGGCUUGGUUUACUGCGACAUCUGCUCCAACAACUCCUUCUCCAGACAUAGCUACUUCUUACCAGGAGUUGAAGUUAGAAUAGAUUGCAUGUUCAAGGCAAUUUCUCCUAGAACUGCUGAGCAAAUAUCAUUUUCAGUGAACAGAACAACAAAUAAGGAUGGUAUCUACAAGCUGGAGGUACCUUCUGUUGAUGGAGUAGAAUGUGCUAGGGAUAAGGCUGUAGGAAGCACUUGCCGAGCGACUCUGCUCUCGACAUCGUCUCCGGCCUGCACAGUCCCCAGCUUCCAGUCCACUUCCGACCAGAUUUCGAUCAAAUCGAAACAAGCCAAUACGUGCAUUUACAGCCUCAAUGCAUUGAGUUAUAGGCCAUCCAAGAGAGACAUCUCUCUAUGUGGGAAAUGAAUCAAUAAAUUGGUUCUACCACAACUCUUUUCCCCUCUCAUGCACCCCUAUGAUUGAUAUCUCUGCUUGAACAUUAUACGUAUGUCAUAAAGAGAUGAUUUUUGGAAUUUCUUGAAGCUUUUGCUGCAAUCAUUAUAUGUAGUAAUCGGUUUGCUUGAUUAGUAAUUUGUGUGUACUACUGUACUUCAUCAAUAAUUUGGUGUGUAUAGAUUUCAAGUAAAAUGUACAACUGUUUAAGUUUUU